AUGAAUGGGCUGCCCUCGGCCGAGGCGCCGGGCGGCGCUGGCUGCGCCCUAGCCGGGCUCCCUCCGUUACCGCGCGGCCUCAGCGGUCUCCUCAACGCAAGCGGGGGUUCGUGGCGGGAGCUGGAGCGCGUUUACAGCCAGCGCAGCCGCAUCCACGACGAGCUGAGCCGCGCGGCCCGCAUCCCAGAUGGGCCCCGCUACGCUGCGGGCGCUACCAACGCGGGACCCGCCGCUGGUCCCCUCGGCCCGCGUCGCCCUGUCAAUCUCGACUCAGCACUAGCAGCCCUGCGCAAGGAGAUGGUGGGGCUGCGGCAGCUGGACAUGUCCCUGCUGUGCCAGCUGUGGGGCCUGUACGAGUCAAUCCAAGACUAUAAGCACCUGUGCCAAGACUUGAGCCUGUGCCAGGACCUGUCAUCCUCCCUGCACUCAGACAGCUCUUAUCCACCUGAUGCUGGCCUGUCUGAUGACGAUGAGCCUCCUGAUGCCAGCCUGCCCCCGGACCCGCCACCCCUCACUGUGCCCCAGACACACAAUGCCCGGGACCAGUGGCUGCAGGACGCCUUUCACAUCAGCCUCUGAAGAGCUGGGGGUGGGGGGAACGUGCACCCCUGCAAAAGGCUCAGAAACUCACCCCUUACUAGGUACUCAGACUUACAGUGCCUCCUUCCCCCUGUACCACCUCACUUCACAAGAAGGCAAGCCUUGGGCCCCUCAGAGGCAAAGUUGCCAACCCCCUCUCUCCUGACUCUGGUUAGCUAGUACUGGGGCAGGUAGCUGGGGUACAGCCUUUGCCCCUGGCACUGGACCUCCUCUACUCCCACGUGUGCACCCCAGCUUGGCCAACCUUCAGUCUGGUGGUGGGGCCCAAAGCAUCUGGCACUCCCCUCGACGUCUCUGGGAUUGGGAUGAGUGCCUGGUUCCCAUCUCCUUUUCACCUUUUGCUGCUAUUGGCAGCUGCUGGCUCAGGGGCAUCCCACCUCUGCUCUCUGGGUUCCACUGCUCUAGACCAGGGCAUCCCCAUUCUUGCACCCACCCACGGCCGGGAGGGCCAAGGUUCCGUGCUGGAUAUUUAAGUUUAGGCGCCAGACUCUUGGGCACAUAGGUAAAUAAAUACUCUCUCUGC